GGCAGCAGGAGUUGAAGGUGAGGAGGGUUGGGAUGCUAGAAUUGGUGGAGGGGUGGCGGGACCUUGUGCUGUAAGGGUUGUGGGGAGGAUGGAUAAUAAAGCACUUGGGGUGAAGGUGGGGCAGGGACACUUUCUGGAAGCCCACCCCACCUUUAAUAGGUCUGAGAAAAAGACCUAAGUGCCUGGAAUAGUAGGGAUAGGAGGAUGUGAUGCAGAAAUCAGGACAGAACAAACAGUGACAAAUGCAAUGUCAUUAGGUGGAGUGAUGUCCUGGUCACUGCAACAUGGUAUCAAUAGUCCCAGCCUGUGUGGGGGUGCAAUCUGCAAAAAAUGAAAAUAAGCAUCUUCUUCAAUUUUUACACUCAAGUGUACAGCUUGAUGAUUAUUUACAUAUGUACACAACUGUAUAAACACCACUCAGAGCAGAUAUAGAACAUUCUCCACAUCACAUAAAGCUGCCUCCUGCCUCUUCAUGUAGCCUCGAGUGGGAGACCUCUAUGCCAACUUCUUCAUCAUCAAUUGUGUCUGUUCUUGAACUCCAUCUCUCUGGAAUCCUAAAGCAUGCACUCUUUGGUCUGGCUUCUUUUCACGCAACAUAAUAUUGGAUGAACUCAUCCAUGUCAUUCUGUGUACCAAUAGUUCCUUUUCUUAUUGCUGGGUAGAUUCUAUCAUUAUAACCGUUCUACCGUUGAUGAGCACUUGGGUCAUUUUCAGGUUGGAACCAUUACAAAUAAAAGUAAUUACGCGCCCUCCCCUUUAAAAACCUACAUCUUAUUCUCUCUCCCUCUUGCUCAUAUACAGGCCCUCCCACAGGUGCGAAAGCAGCCCAGCCUCCUCUGGGAGGUCUCCCCUUGCCCCUCGAUACGAAUUUCCUCAUGGCUGGGGGAUGUGAGCUCUGGACUGGGAGCUGGGGUGGGAGCAGCGAUACCCUCUUCCUAAGACUCAUCCUCUCUUUCAGCCUCCUCGCCCUGGGCCGCGGGCGCCCUGAGCCUUCCUCACCCCGCAGGGGAGCUCGCCCGCGGCCCCCCAUGAGCGCUCCCGGCUGACCGGCGAGGGGGGCCGCGGUGGAGCCUGCGUGCCGCGGGGGCAGCGGGGCCAUGGCCUCGCUGGACCUGCCAUACCGCUGCCCCCGCUGCGGGGAGCACAAGCGCUUCCGGAGCCUGUCGUCGCUGCGCGCGCACCUGGAGUACAGCCACACCUACGAGACGCUCUACAUCCUCUCCAAGACCAACAGCAUCUGCGACGGCGCCGCCGCCGCCGCGGCCGCCGCCGCCGCCGCCUCGGGCUUCCCGCUGGCGCCCGAGCCCGCCGCCCUGCUGGCCGUGCCCGGCGCCCGGCGCGAGGUCUUCGAGAGCACGUCCUUCCAGGGCAAGGAGCAGGCGGCCGGGCCGUCCACUGCGGCGCCUCACCUGCUGCACCACCACCACCACCACGCGCCCCUCGCCCACUUCCCCGGAGACCUGGUGCCCGCCAGCCUGCCCUGCGAGGAGUUGGCCGAGCCGGGCCUCGUGCCCGCCGCCGCCGCGCGCUACGCGCUGCGCGAGAUCGAGAUCCCGCUGGGGGAGUUGUUCGCCCGCAAGUCCGUGGCGUCCUCGGCGUGCUCGACGCCGCCACCUGGGCCCGGCCCCGGCCCCUGUUCCGGGCCGGCCUCCGCCUCCCCCGCGUCCCCCUCACCGGCGGAUGUGGCCUAUGAAGAAGGCCUGGCGCGCCUCAAGAUCCGCGCGCUGGAGAAGCUGGAGGUGGACCGGCGGCUGGAGAGGCUGAGCGAGGAGGUGGAGCAGAAGAUCGCGGGCCAGGUGGGCCGGCUGCAGGCCGAGCUGGAGCGCAAGGCGGCUGAACUGGAGACCGCGCGGCAGGAGAGUGCGAGGCUCGGGCGCGAGAAGGAGGAGCUGGAAGAGCGCGCGUCUGAGCUCUCGCGCCAGGUGGACGUGAGCGUGGAGCUGCUGGCCUCGCUCAAGCAGGACCUGGUGCACAAGGAACAGGAGCUGAGUCGGAAGCAGCAGGAGGUGGUGCAGAUCGACCAGUUCCUGAAGGAGACAGCGGCGCGGGAGGCCAGUGCCAAGCUGCGGCUGCAGCAGUUCAUUGAGGAGCUCCUUGAGCGCGCUGACCGUGCCGAGCGGCAGCUGCAGGUCAUCAGCAGCAGCUGUGGCAGCACGCCCAGCGCCAGCCUGGGCCGUGGAGGUGGGGGAGGUGGCGCUGGCCCCAAUGCCCGGGGCCCAGGCAGAAUGCGAGAACACCACGCAGGCCCGGCCAUGCCUAGCACAUAUGCAGUGUCACGGCAUGGCUCCUCUCCCAGCACAGGGGCCUCCAGCCGUGUGCCAGCCGCAUCCCAGAGCUCAGGCUGCUAUGACAGUGACAGUCUGGAGCUGCCCAGACCAGAGGAGGGGGUCCCUGAGGACAGUGGCCCUGGGGGCUUGGGCGCACGGGCCCAGAAUGCCAAUGGGGGCCCAGAACGGUCCCAGGCCCCUCGCAGCUCAGGCCUGCGGCGCCAGGCCAUCCAGAACUGGCAGCGCAGACCCCGCCGACACAGCACCGAGGGGGAAGAGGGUGAUGUCUCUGACGUGGGCUCCCGAACCACUGAGUCAGAGGCUGAGGGCCCGUUGGAUGUGCCCCGCCCCGGGCCUGCUAUGGCUGGACCAUUGAGCAGCUGCCGGCUCUCAGCCCGCCCCGAGGGAGGCAGUGGGCGGGGUCGGCGAGCAGAGAGGGGCAGCCCCUCACGCUCCAACGAGGUCAUCAGCCCAGAGAUCCUGAAGAUGCGAGCCGCCCUCUUCUGCAUCUUCACCUACUUGGACACGCGCACACUGCUGCAUGCUGCCGAGGUCUGCCGGGACUGGCGCUUCGUGGCCCGCCACCCCGCAGUCUGGACAAGGGUGCUGCUUGAGAAUGCCCGUAUCUGCUCCAAGUUCCUGGCAAUGCUGGCUCAGUGGUGCACCCAGGCUCACUCUCUGACACUGCAGAACUUGAAGCCCCGGCAGCGGGGAAAGAAGGAGAGCAAGGAGGAGUAUGCCCGGAGUACCCGGGGCUGCCUGGAAGCUGGGCUGGAGUCCCUGCUGAAGGCAGCUGGGGGGAACCUGCUGAUCCUGCGCAUCUCCCACUGUCCAAACAUCCUCACCGACCGCUCGCUCUGGCUGGCCAGCUGCUACUGCCGCGCACUGCAGGCUGUCACCUACAGGAGUGCCACAGACCCUGUGGGCCACGAGGUCAUUUGGGCCCUGGGAGCAGGCUGCAGAGAGAUCGUCUCCCUCCAAGUGGCACCACUUCACCCCUGCCAGCAGCCCACGCGCUUCAGUAACCGCUGCCUGCAGAUGAUUGGUCGCUGUUGGCCCCACCUGCGGGCCCUGGGGGUCGGGGGUGCCGGCUGUGGGGUACAGGGCCUGGCAUCACUCGCGAGAAACUGCAUGCGGCUGCAGGUCCUGGAACUUGACCAUGUGUCAGAGAUCACCCAGGAGGUGGCGGCAGAGGUCUGCCGUGAAGGCUUGAAGGGACUGGAGAUGCUGGUGCUCACAGCCACCCCUGUCACCCCUAAGGCCCUGCUGCACUUCAACAGCAUCUGUCGGAACCUAAAGUCCAUUGUGGUCCAGAUUGGGAUUGCAGAUUAUUUCAAAGAACCCAGCAGCCCUGAGGCCCAGAAGCUGUUUGAAGACAUGGUGACAAAACUUCAGGCCCUACGACGGAGGCCCGGCUUCUCUAAAAUUCUGCACAUCAAGGUGGAAGGCGGCUGCUAACCCGGGUAGGGGGCGGCAGGGCCCCUGCCAGCCCCACACCAGGGCACUCUCUUUGGACCUCAGAGGGACCCUGGUUUGGACUAGACCUUUGGAGGCCACGUGUUAUCCCUGGCUUCCAGGGGAGACUGACAAGUCUCCUGUCGUCCUCCUGGAGCAGUGGAGCAACAGGCCUGACCCAGGGCACUGCCUCUCCAGUACAGGGGCUCGGACAGAAGCUUCCCUCUGACCCCAACCCUACCCUAGCUGGAGCAGCCUCUGGCACAGCCAGUGAGGAGCUGUCACCACCAGCAUCUGGUGUUAUCACCUGCAGGAUCUGCAAUAACCACCCAGUGGUUCCUCAGCUGUUCCGGCCGGCCUCUCCUUCCCGAGGCCCAGCCUCCUGGUCAGGAGCCUCUGGGGCCAAGGUCAGCGGGGGCUCCACAAGGCAGCUCAGACUUGGCAAGGAGGGCUCUUCUCCCCAACCCUGCCCCAGCUUCUGGGGGCACCCCAUUUAGACAGCCUGCCUAGGCUCUGGAUCUACAUUUUCUGGGGAUACUACAGGCAGACCUAGGGGCCUGGGCACAUGGUCAGCCAAAAGCUGGGGGCAGCAGUACAAUGGAGUGGUGGGGGUGGGUUUGGAAAGGAAACAGUCACCCAGAACUUCUCCCCAGGAUGAGACCACCCUUCCAAGGUGGGGGAUUGCCAGGGAGAGAAAACUUAUUUAUUGCUGUAAGACAAGACCCUUCCUCUCAGCCCCACACCCCACUGCACACCGGAGCUAAAUUCAGAGCUGAAAGGUGCAUGUUUCUAUACCUACACUCAUUCUGAGGGACCCUCCAGAGGGUCAGGGUCCCAGCCCCAGGCAGCCCUGUCACAGUGAGUAGUUCCUGUCCUCAAGGAAUUUCUAAUCCAGGUGCUUGGGCAGGAACCUGAUGGCCUUUGGGUCACCAGGGCUGUCUGGGAGGGAGGCACGGGGCCACCCUCUGUGCUGAGGCCUUGGAGGAAGCCAGGAUGAGGGUGGCUUGCUUUGCUUCCUUGUCUAAUUAGCUUGCUUGGAGAUGUGGCCUUGGCAGGGGGCCAGACCCAUGGGGCCAAGAAGAGGAAGAGCAUCCUCCAGACUCACUCCCCCUCCUCAGUCUCCACAGGACCGGCGGGCUGAGUGAGGGCUGCCUUGGAGUCUUCUGCCUAGGGGCAGUGCUGAACCUGGGCUGGAGCCACUUGGCUUAGAAGCCACAGGAUGCCAGUGGGGCUUUUCACCGGCCUUUGCAGUCCCCAAAGUAUCAGGUCUCAGCACCAAGGCUCCAAAGGCUCAGAUCUCCCCGGUUCCUCCUCUAAGUACUCCCGUAGUGGCUCAGAGGCUGGGGGUCCUGCCAACCUUCAUUUGGAAAGUUCUUUCAGACAUCUAAACUAGAUCUACCUUAGGGUUUCUUUCUCUCCUAGAUAGAAUCGGCUCCCAGCCCUAGCCAUUAGGCCUGGCUGGGGAUGGGGUCCCCUCAUUACCCAGUCCUUUCCAGGGACCAACUUCCUAACACAACCUAGCUUGGACAUGAAGACCCAGCCCUAGGUUACCUUGUAAAGAGUCCUCCAGAGCUGGGACCCCACAGGCUCAGCAGCACACCCAGCUCCCCUAGUGUCACUCCCUAGCUCUGUCCCAGCUCUUGCUAUCAUGGCUGACUUUUCCUCCCAUGGCUUGUUCUGUCCUUGCCCUUAACCUAAAAUACCAAGGGUGUUAUGCUGGCAACUCCCUGCCUAGUCCUGCACGAAGCCUUGGCUGUGUGUGGCACCCCCUGCUUCUACCCCAGAGCAGCUGGCUCCACUGGUUUCCUCCCUGCACCAGUCCUGUCCUCAGGGGUCAGGAAAAAGCAGCACAGCCGCCUUCUCCUCCAGAGGCCUGGAAGGGAGGUGGAGGUCCACUAAGGGCCUGGCUGCUUUGGGUUUGUUUGUCCUGCCUUGCCAACUGCACCCCUGUAAUUCCUGCUCCCUGUGACCCCAGAACCAGAGGUGCUGCCUUCCCUGUCUCCUGGACAAAGCACAAAGGGAUGCCCUGUUUGGCUUAAGCCUGCCCAACUGAGGGAUUUUCUCUGCCCCUGGGACCUUCCAUCCCUGAAUACAAGGCUCUGGGCAACUUCUGAGUGGUACACACUAGACUGCCUGGCAUCAGCCCUAGGAAAGGAGGUUGGGGUGUAUGGGCAAUGAGCUAGGGUGACAGAAGGGUGGUGCUGAAAGGUUACUGAUGCUAGUCAUAGUUUUAUUCACUCAUUCAUUCAUUCAUUCGUGCAAUAGUACUGAGCACCACCAGCACUAGAGACAGAAGGAUGAACAAGAUACCCUUCCGCCUGGGGGGACGUCCACUUCCCAUGAGUUUAGCGAUUUCCAGGAAAGCCCCUCAGUCCUCCGCCCUGUUCUGGCUAUGUGAAGGAUGUGUGAGAGCACAUAUUGCACAGGCCUAAGCCUUUGCAGCAGGAGUAAGAGGUCAGAGUAUCGCAUUGCACACGCACCCCCCGGGGCUGACAGGCCUGUGCACCCCAGCCUUCAUGCAUGCUGAGCACUGGCAGCUUUACAGCCCUUGCUCCCCACCAGCCCUUUGAUGCUCUUCUUUUGUUCUCUCCUGGGGGAUGAGCCCUGCUGCUGAGUAGGGAGCUUUUGCUUGCUGGGAGGCUCUAUGCAUUCAUUUCUUUGGCAACCAUACAGCUAAGGCUGAGGAUGGAAACAGGGACAGUGGGCCUGGCCAUCCCUAUAAGCACUUCAUCCAUCUUUACCCAUCCAAAGGGGAUCCCUCCACAUUUCAUACUCAGUAAGAUGCAAAAAAGAGGAAUAUCUGAGAACAAGCAGCCCUGCUCCAGGGGCCCCAGGUAUGUGUUGAGGCGCAGUAGAGGUGGCCACUUGGUGUUCCUACCACCCCCUGCCAUCUAGCCUGGCCCCAGUGCCUACCUUGGAGGCUGGUGUACUUGGCUUAAGUACUUCAUGCUUUAUUCAGGUUGCUUUCCCACAGCACUGGCAGAAAAUGAUGCAUAUAUAUGCAUCCUUGCGGGGAUAAAGAAUGGGUGGGCUGCCCAGAACCGUCGCCUUUCCCCAGCCAGGAGAGACCACCGAAGUAUCAGGGCAGCUCUUGCUUUCUUAGUCCUAUAAUACUAGAGUCUGAGCAAGCCCCUCAGGAAUUGCCUCAAAAGGAAAAAACAAAACAAAAAAGGCCUCCUUCCCAAGGCCUGCUACUCCAAGGUUUGGCUCCAUUCCUUGCCUUUGGGUCCUGCCUGUUACCCUGGUCCUGGUUUCUAAUCUUUUGGGCCACAGGUGGGGAGCAGUCUGGGCCCCAAUCCCUCUAAGGCGCUAAGCUGAAGGAGACCUUCCCAGAGUGACUAUUGGUGCCAAAGUCCGAGUUCCUGGUGGACUUGGGGUAAAAACAGGAGAGAUGGUGAGUGGGUGUAUGGCCCACGUGCCCAGAGAAGUUAACUCGAACCCAUGGGACCUGUCCCAGCCUGUCAGUCCCUGAUGAGUGUAACUUCCUUCCCCUGGGGGCCUGGCCCUUCUCUCUACCCCAGUGGCCAUGCUUUCUCACCCAGCUUUGUACCAGGCCUGCAUUUCUGUAUAUAUUGCUGUGUAUUGUGUGUAUGUAUGUAUUCCGGACAAGUGUUCAUUUGCAGCCCUUGCCUGAGGAUAAGGUUUAGGAUUGGGUAAAGAUCAGAGUACCAGGGCCAACAAAGGCAACUACUCCCUCCCCAACCCCUUGGGACCUCAGCCAGUCCCAAGGCUGCCCUGACAAUCAAGCAGGCUCCCCACCUUGAGGCCAAGUCUCCUCUGCCACUGCCAGCAUGGCCCAAGGGAGGCUUGGCCUUGGGCUUGCCCAGCCUCAGCUCUACCCUGGCAAGGGUCUUAUAUCCAGGGCAGAGGCCUGAGGUGACCCAGGCUUGCCUUGUGGCUGAUGCCAGCAGGCUUGGUUCUAGUGGGCACCACUGGUGGGGACCUCCAUAACUGGCCCCUAGGCCCUGCCUUCCUGCACAGCUAGGCUAUAAUGGGCCUGAGUGUGAGAGGGUAGCUUCCCCAGCCCCAAGCACAGGCAGAGGGGUGGAGAGCAAUUUUUGGUUUUAUUUUUGUUUCUGAAGUGGUGCCUGUACCUCCAGCCCCCAGGGGGCCUUCCCUGGCCACACUUCUCUGCCCUACCCAGGCAUCGCCAUCCCAGCACUUUGCUCCAUGUCACCCAUAAGAUGCCCUUUGCUGAAUGUACCUGAGCGUAUGUAUUUAAAAGGACUCACAUGGGCAUCAGAGAAUUUAUGACUCUGUAUCCAAUAAAAAAGGUGGUGAAACUGGUAUCUCUGCCACAGGGAAGUAAA